AUUUGGGAGGGUUUGUAUGGGACAAGGGAUGGCACAAGAUGGGAUAUUGUGGCUCUUCCUUCCAUUCUGUGCACUCUCCAGUGCCAGCUACCGGGGCCAGGAGUUCCUGGCCGUGUUCCCACAGAAUGAUGACGAGUCCCCCAGUGCGCACCUGCAGCUGCUGCUCACCUCCUAUGGCCCUGCUGACACCCAGGUGUCAGUGACGCUCCGUGGCGGCUCUGUCACCAAGAACAUCACCCUGAGGCCAGAUGUCACUGUGCCCUUGCCUCUCCCUGCUAACCUGGAACUCACUGGAAGCCACACUUUCGAUAAAACCUUGGUGGUCCAGGCCAGCGGUGACAUCUCUGUGGUGUCUGUCAGCACCAAGGGCUACACUGUGGGUGCCACUGCCCUCCUACCUAUGGAGAGCCUGGGCAACAGGUACUAUGUGGUGACACCGGUUGGGAACUACACUUAUGGCCUGACUGAGUUCGUGGUGGCCACCGGCGCCACCACCACCGCUAUCAGCAUCACCACCACUGCCACUUUCCACUAUGCUGGGGCCACUUACGUCCCUGGUGCCGUGCUCCGCCUGUUCCUGCAACCCUACCACAGCCUGCAGCUCCAGAGCAGCCAGGACUUCACUGGCACAGUUGUGGUGGCGGACGCCCCUGUGGCUGUCCUCAGUGGCCACACCUGUGUCAAGGUGUCUGCUGGCUUUGACUUUGUGGUGGAGCAGCUCCUCCCAAUGACAGCAUGGGGGAGGAGCUAUGUGGUGCCACCCAAUCCACUGCAGACAGACGUUGACUUCGUUUACGUGGUGACAGAUGAAGACAACACCAUCACCUACAACACCGGGAGUGGGAAUGCGACUGUGGCCAUGGCGGCAGGGGAGGUGCAGAGAUUUGUGCUGAACCGUAACUCCCAUCUGUACAUCAGUGCGGUGGCAGCUGUGCAGGUGGUGUUUUUCUUCAGCGGCUCGUCUUGGCAAGAUCCCUUCCUCCUUGUUGUCCCACCUGUCACCGCCCAUUGCACUGCAUUCCGCUUUAGCAGUGUGCCCAGCCAGUAUAAUCAUGCCAUCCUCAUUGCACCCACCACUGCCACUGCCACCACCACCCUCAACCAUCAGCCAGACAACACCAUGGCAUGGCAGGCCAUUCCUGGCACAGAUUUCUCCUGGGCCAGCAUCGCUGUGGGAGCAAAAAUGCAGAGCGCUGAGAACUCACAGGUGCCUAUUGGGCUCCUGGUAUUUGGGUUCCAGAGUCACACUGGAUAUGGCUUCCCGGGGCUCUGUGCCACCAUCCCCACAUCACUCUCCUAUGAGGAUUUGGUAUGUGAGGAGAGGUGUGAGCUGGUGGAUGGACAACCAGAGUGCAUCCAGGAGACUUUCUCCACCUGUUGGCUUGCUGGCGGGUCACACUACCGCAGUUUUGAUGGAAAAACCUUUGAUUUCAUGGGAACAUGUGCCUACACCUUGACCACCAUCUGCGAUCCCGAUCCCACCCUUCCUGCCUUCUCUGUUGAGGUCACAAAGAAGGAAAAGGAGAACUCCAAAGUUUCCUCCAUCAGCUCCAUCACCAUCCAUGUCGACAACGUCACCAUCACUGCUGUCCAGUCAGAGAAUGGGAUGGUGAGGGUGAACAACCACCGCUCGCACCUUCCCAUCUCCCUCUCCCAUGGGAAGCUCCGCAUCCGCCAGAAGGGUAAAUCCAUGUUGAUCCAAUCAAAUUUCAAGCUGAAAGUCCUCUACAACUGGGAUGAUCAUAUAGUGAUCAAACUUCCGGCUGCUCUUUCUGGAAAAGUGUGCGGAAUGUGUGGGAACAACAAUGGGAAUCCCCAGGAUGACACUCUCUCUCCUGAUGGAAAACAAGUGUGGGAUAUUGUGGAAUUUGGGCAGAGCUGGAAGGUGACCAGUGAGAGUAGCCGCUGCCAGGACACUUGCGACGGUGACUGUGGGCGGUGCAGAUGGGACCAGGUGGUGACAUACAAGGCAGAGACCUGGUGUGGGAAGUUGUCCCAACAUUCUGGGCCAUUCCGGUCAUGUCAUGACACUAUCAGUCCUAAUAUCUACGUGAAGAACUGUAUCUAUGACCUGUGUGCCAAUGAGGGGCACCAUGAUGUGCUGUGCCACGCCUUCGAGACCUAUGCUGAUGACUGCCAGGAGGAGGGGAUCAAUGUUUCUGAUUGGAGGACAACAGUGGGAUGUCCUCUCACUUGCCCGCCCAACAGCACCUACAGCUCCUGUGGCCUCGCCUUCCUCCCUUCCUGCAACAUCCCCGCUGUGUCAUCCAGCUGUGCCGCUGUCACCACCUGCGUAGACACUUGCGUGUGCCACGAGGGCCUUGUCCUUGAUGCCAACACCUGCAUCCCCCCCUCUGAAUGUGGCUGUGUCUUUCGGGGUCUCUUCUAUGGCCUUGGAGAGGAAUUUUGGGGUGACCUCACUUGCACUCAACGCUGUGUGUGUGAUGCAGAGCAGCGGCAGGCAGUGUGCCGGGAUUCUGGUUGUGGCACUGAGGAGGAAUGCCGGGUGGAGGAGGGGAUCCAGGAUUGUUAUCCCAGAAGUUUUGGGGUUUGCACUGCUGUUGGAGCCACCCACUAUGAGACCUUUGAUGGCAAGAGGUUCAUCUUCCAGGGGACAUGUGUCUACCUGUUGGUAGGGUUGUGUGAGGACACCCAAAAUUUGGUGGGAUUCCAGGUGUUGGUGCAGAAUGGCCACCGAAGUGACAACCUCAUGUUGUCCAUUGCCAUGGUGACAGUCAAAGUCUACAACAAAACCAUCAGCAUUAGCAGGGAACAUCCUGGAAAAAUCAUGAUUGAUGAGCAGUUGAUCAAUCUCCCAUAUCACUACAGUGAAAGAAAGAUUGUUGUCUAUCGUCACGGGCAGGAUGCGGUGGUAGUGACCGACUUUGGCCUCGUUGUCACCUAUGACUGGUACAGCCACGUCACCACCAUGGUGCCCAGUGGCUUCACCAAUGCCCUAUGUGGGCUCUGUGGGAACUACAAUGGUGCUGCAAGUGACGACAUGAUGAUGAGGAACAACCAUGUGACGUCAGACCCAGAUGCCUUUGGGAGCAGCUGGAAGGUCACAGAUGUCCCAGGAUGUGGUGAGAGGUCAACAGUGGAAUGUUCCAGCACACUUGCACCUUCCUGGCUGCAGCAGGAAGUCUCUGGGAUGGGGUGUGAAAUUAUUUUGGAAGUGGAUGGACCUUUUAGAGCAUGUCAUAGUCAUGUUGAUGGCCACCAGUACUUCCAGAGCUGCAUCCAUGACUCCUGCCUGUUCCCUGAUCAGGAAGAAGGGAUCUGUCCAAUCAUUGCCCUCUACGCCACCGCAUGCCAGGCUGCUGGUGUGUCCAUCGGGAGGUGGAGGACAUAUAAUUUCUGCUAUAUUCCCUGUCCUUCCAACAGCUCCUAUGAGCUCUGCUCCCACACCUGCCAGCACACCUGCGGUAUUGACUCUGCCACAUGCCGAGGGCGGUGCCGCGAGGGCUGCACAUGUCAGGAUGGCUUCAUGCUCAGCGGUGACGAGUGUGUCCCCAUGUCCCACUGUGGCUGCAGCCACCAUGGAGUCUACUACAAAGAGGGGGAGACGUUCUACCCCACAAAGCAGGAGAUGUGCCAGUGCCUCUUUGGUGGCACUGUGGAGUGCCAAAAUACUAACCGUCCUGAUGGUGGCCAUGAGAAGGUCAUCAGUGAUGUCGUCCAGUCUCCCUUGCAGCUGUCCAGCACCUGUGUAGCCACAGGUGACCACACCUAUGUUACCUUUGAUGGGAUGGCCUUCAACAUCACUGGUACUUGCUCCUACAUCCUCACCCAGACCUGCACAAGUGACAACGUGAGAUCAUUUAUGGUCACAAUCCAGAAGGAGGCGCGGCAGAAGGGGAAGGUCUCCGGGAUCCAAGUGUUGUCUGUGGAUGUCUAUGGGGUCACCUUGACCUUGAAACAAGGAAAAAGGGCAGAUGUCAUGGUGGAUUCCAUUUCCCACCACCUUCCCACCAUCCUGAGUGAGGGACAGGUCCAGGUCUACCCACAUGGGACAGGUGUCCUGCUCCGCACUGACUUCGGCCUCAUUGUCCACUAUGACCUCAUCCAGCACGUGAUGGUCACAGUCCCCCAGACCUACAUGGGGCGCUUGUGUGGCCUCUGCGGCAACUACAAUGGCCAAGGCAAUGAUGAGUUCCAGCUUUCCAGUGGCCAGCUGGCUCCAGAUGCAACAGCCUUUGGAUCUGCAUGGAAAACAACAGAUACACCUUGCAAUGACACCUGUCCCAAGGAUGAAUGUCCCACCUGCACAGAGGAGAAAGUGGCAGUCCUCCAAAAACCCAACUAUUGUGGCCUACUCACGGCCCCUGAAGGUCCCUUUGGUUCCUGCCAUCGCAUCAUUGACCCCGUCCCGUAUUCCCAAUCCUGCAUCCAUGACCUCUGCAUGACGGGAGGGGACACACAUGUCCUGUGCCAGAGUAUCCAGAGCUAUGUCACUGCAUGCCAAGGUGCCGGUGUCGCUGUGGGGACUUGGAGGACCUCAUCCUUCUGCUCCCCCACCUGCCCAGCCAACAGCACGUACUCGCUUUGCACCAACACCUGUGCCAACAUCUGCACCGGAAAUACCACCACCUGUCCCCAGACCUGCGCUGAGGGCUGCCAGUGCCACCAGGGUUCUGUCUUUGAUGGACACAGAUGCGUUCCCGAGGAUUACUGUGAAUGCUUCAGGGAUGGGGAAUACUAUAAGCCCCAUGAGAUGCUUUUCCAGGAUCACUGCCAGCACCGUUGCACCUGUGUCCCUGGCCAGGGCCUUACCUGCCACGACCACACUUGCACUGAGGACGAAUUCUGUGAAAUCCAGGACGGGGUCUUGGGAUGCAUCAAAAAAAACCCCUGCAAGUCCCUGCACUGCCGCCCCAAGGAGCGCUGCCGGCCCCGCGGUGCCCAAUCCCGCUGUGUCCCAGCCCUGGUCGCCACAUGCUGGGCAUGGGGUGACCCACACUUCCGAACCUUCGAUGGCCUUGACUUUGACUUCCAAGGAACCUGCACCUACACCAUGGCUGAAUCCCAUGGGAAUGAUCCUGGGCUGGUGCCCUUCAGGGUCCAGGCCAAGAAUGAUAUCCGUGGUGGGAUCCAAUCUGUGUCCUAUGUCUCCCUGGUCAAAGUUGACGUCUAUGGACAACGCAUCUCCUUCCACCGGAAUGAAAAUGGAAGAGUCCGGGUGAACGGGGAGGUGACGCUGCUCCCUGUGCUCCUGGCAGACGGGAAGGUGCGGGUCCAUCCCAGUGGGCUCCGUGUUGCUCUGGAGACAGAUUUUGGUCUCCAGGUCUCCUAUGACUGGAACUGGCACCUCCAGAUCAACCUCUCCAGCAGCUACUACCGCCACGUCCGUGGUCUCUGCGGGAAUUUCAACCUCAAGCCCCUUGAUGACAUCCCCGAGGCUGGUGACAACAUCACUGCAAUUGUCACAUGGGCCAAAAACUGGAAAAGUGCUGACUUUGAGGUUGAUGACCCAAUUUGUUGGGAUUAUUGUGAUGGAGUAUGCCCAGUGUGUGAUGAGAAAAAGAAGGAGCUUUAUGGCGGGUACCACUAUUGUGGGAUCAUCAAAAAAUCCUUCCAGGGACCCUUCAGAGCAUGUCACAACGUAGUGAAGCCUCAUGACUUCUAUCGCAACUGCCUGUCUGACCUGUGUCUGAGCAAUGGGGCAAGGUCAAUCCUCUGCCAGGUGCUGGAGACCUACGCAGCGACGUGUCAGAAGCAUGGGGCCAUGGUCCAUGACUGGAGGACGCCAUCAGGAUGCCCCUUAUCUUGCCCCGAAAACAGCCACUAUGAGUCCUGUGGCAAUGCCUGUCCAGCCACCUGCUCCAACUGGGACAGUACAACCACCUGUGACCAGCCCUGUAUGGAGACCUGUGCCUGUAACACUGGCCACGUGCUCAGUGGUGGACAGUGUGUGCCGGUGUCCCGCUGUGGCUGCACCCGUGAUGGCCGUUACUACCAGCCUGGUGAGGAGUUUUGGGGCGAUGACACCUGUCACUCCCGGUGCAGGUGUGACAUGGAGCUGGGAAUGGUGGUGUGCGAGGACUCCGGGUGCAAGCCGGGUGAGGUGUGUGCAGUGGUGAAGGGCGUGCGGCGGUGUGUGGCCAACAGACGCUCCAUCUGUGUGGCCACUGGUGACCCCCACUAUACCACCUUCGAUGGGCGCCGCUACGACUUCAUGGGUACCUGUGUCUACCUGUUAGCUGGGCUCUGCUCCACUGACCCCACCCUCAUCCCCUUUGCUGUCACUGUGGAGAACAAUCACCGUGGCAGCCACCUGGUCUCCUUCACCAAGGUGGUCACCAUGGAGGUGUACAACAUGACCCUCAGCCUCAGCCAGGAACAUCCCCAGAAGGUCAAGGUUAAUGGUGUCCUGUUGGACCUUCCCUUCACCCACAACCAUCAGCUCCAGGUGUCUCUCCGUGGUGUCCAUGGCUUCAUCACCACUGAGAUGGGUGUCACUGUCACCUUUGACUGGUACAGCUAUGCCCGUGUCAUCAUCCCCAACACCUACGCUGGAGCCGUCUGUGGCCUCUGCGGCAACGCCAAUGGUGACCCCCAUGAUGACUUUGUCACCCGUGAUGGCCACCGUGCUGACAAUGAGACCCACUUAGGGGACAGCUGGAAGGUCAGCGAUGUCCCUGGAUGCUCAGCUGGGUGCAGCGAGGGCUGCCAGGUGUGCAGUGAUGCCCAGAAACGUGCCUACCGUGGAGAUAAGCACUGUGGGCUGCUGGGGAAGAAACGGGGGCCCUUUGCCGCCUGCCACGACAUCAUCGAGCCCGGCCCUUACUUGGAUGACUGUCUCUUUGACGCCUGCCUGUAUGAGGGACACCAGGACACCGUGUGCCCAGCCAUUGCCACCUAUGUUGCUGCGUGCCAGAGCCAGGGUGUUGCCGUGCGGCCAUGGAGAACGGCUGCCUUCUGCAGCCCUGUGUGCCCCCUGAACCAGCACUAUGAGCUCUGCGGCCCCCCGUGCCCUCCCACCUGCCAAGGCGAAUGUGGCUGUGUUUCGGAGGGCCGCUACUACCCCCGUGGAGAGCAGUUUUACCCUGCUCCUCCCUGCACUGAGCGCUGCAUCUGCUCCGAAAAUGGGAGGCUGGAGUGUCACCCCACUCCAGGCUGCUCCAGUAACGAGGAAUGCACAGUACAGGAUGGGGUACUGGGGUGCCACCCCCGCACCUGCAAACAGUGCCAGGUUUUGGGGGCAGGGGCUUACAGCACCUUCGAUGGACACCUGGGGAAUUUUGGGGGGUCCUGCACCCUCCUACUGCUGGAGCUGGAGAGGGGUGAGCCUGAAGAAGAGCUGGAGCCUAUCACGGUGGCCUUGGAGCAGGAGGACACGGAGGUGCAGCGGGUGACGGUGACGGCACAUGGGGUGACUGUGGUGAUGGACAGGGGACAGCAGUGGGAGGUGAUGGUGGAUGGCGAGCGCCACUUGCUGCCGCUGUGGCUGCGUGAGGGCGCGGUGGGGGUGGCGCAGGUGGGGUCCCACAGGCUGCUCCAGGUCCAGGGGGGUCCCAAAAUUCUCUACGAUGGCAACGCGUAUAUGGUGCUGACGCUGCCCCCGGCAUCCCACCGCCCCCGGGGCCUCUGCGGCAACUUCAACGGGGACCCACACGACGACGACCCUGACGAGGCGGCUCUGGGCAGCGCCCCCACAAACUGCACCCGCCUGGUGCCCUCGCCCAGCUGCUCCCCGGCCCAGGCGGGGCGCUGCGCGGUGCUCGCGGACCCCGAGGGACCCUUUGCGGGGUGUCACGGGGUGGUGCCGCCCCGCACAUACCUGCUCACCUGUGAGCGCCAGGUGUGCGGGGGGGAUGGAGACCCCUGCCCCGGCUUUCAGGGCUAUGCAGCAGCGUGCCAGGCAGCUGGAGGUGCACUCCGGGAGUGGCGGGAGGCCACGGGUUGCUCCCUCACCUGCCCACCCAAGACCCACUACCAGUUGUGUGCCCGCACCUGUGAGCACACCUGUGCAGGUGUGUCGGCCCCGCCCCCCUGCAGUGAGCGCUGCUUCGAGGGGUGUCAGUGCGCCGAGGGGCUGCUGUUCGACGGGGCCCGCUGCGUCCCACCGGGCACCUGCGGCUGCCUCCACCAGGGGCGCUACUUCCAGUUCCUCCAAUGCAUCCCAGUUUCUUAG